AUGAGUAUCGUUUUAAUCAUCUUAUUAAUUAAUUCCAUCCAUGCGCAACUUAAUUUAUAUCUCGACUCUGGCUCUGUUCAGCAACUAUACGACUUGAAUGAUUAUCAACUGUAUUUUAUUAAUAAAAAUCAUGUGCGACAGGCAGCGCUUCAAUCGCCCAUAUCCAUUCCUGCUGAUAUUCAUUUUGUUCAAUUCACUUGGAAUGUCGAUAAACUUCCUCUCCAUCACACACGAAGGAUAUAUUAUGAAUAUAACACAAGUUCAAGCAACGAACACGUGUUAUUACGACCAGUAUUAAACAUAGCAACGAGAGGAGUUGUGCCACGAGAUAUUUCAACGUUUAGUAUAUUUUUUCCGUGUUUAACAACGAGUCGUGUGAAUUGUUCAGUAUUAUUUCGAUUUUCGAAUUCAACGAUGAAUUCAUCUUCAACGAUUGUCCAUUUCACUUUUGUGAAACAUUGUCGCGAUCAAAUCCUUGACCGUUCGUUACUCACUCAAUUUUACAAUGCGAAUGAACUCGAUGAGUAUUUCUUACUGAAAGAAUCUCUUCAUCGAAAUUUUGCGCCAACAACGUUAGCGACAAUAUUGGCAUACUCGUUACUCAUUGCUCUUGUGGUAUUUCUACUUGUUUUCUGUACGACAAUGGGUUUGUUCUGUCUCUAUCGAAUGAGUACGACGCCAAACAAGCAAAAAUGUGAAAAUUUGAUUGACAAUAAUAAUCAAGACCAUCCGACAUUGCCAAUGACAUUCGAUAUGACUACCUUCGAAGAUGUUAGUUUGUAUUCAUGCACACAAUAUGACUUUAUGAAGACGGCAGACGAACUUCUAUCUUCGACAACAUUUGCUGAUUGUACUAUUGAUCAAACUCGUUUGACAUUACAUGAAAUUAUCAUGGAAGGUAAAUUCGGUCGUUUGUAUCGCUGCUCAUUGCAUGAUUCUUUAUCAACUGCCACGACACAGAACGUCUAUGGUAAAACAAUCAAUUCUUCGGGAACAGCGGCACAAUUAAAUCAAAUGUUACACGAUUGUUGCUUAUUCGCAACAUUAAAACACUCAAAUAUCAAUAGUCCGUUAGGAAUUGUUUAUAAAAACGAAUUAUCACCUUACCCGUUGGUCAUCUAUCCGUAUAGUAACAAAGGAAUUCUUAAACGAUUUAUUAUUCAGAAUCGAUCCAGUGCUCGAGAACAAUUAUUAUCAACACAAGAAUUAGUCUAUAUGGCUAUACAUAUAGCUAAAGGGUUGUACUUUUUACAUCGACGCAAAAUGUUAAUGAAAGAUCUUGGUGCCCGGAAUUGCAUGUAA